AUGGAAGUCUUCAUGGAUCAUUCCAACCGCUCGUCAAACUCUGUUAACCAUCAAACAAAGAAAGAACGCAGUGUGCAUGGGAAACCGGAGUGGCAGAAAAGUGCAAUCAGAACUUGUGGGUACUGGUCAGAGCAGUUAAGCUCCAAAGGCAAGAUAUACUUUUACAACUGCAUGACUGAAGUUUCUCAAUGGCAAAAGCCUCCUGAGUGGGAUUUACCUGAAAUGAACAGGAGAGACCUACUUAAGUUGCUCAGUGAGCGUAAACACACUGAAGAAAACAAUCUGAAAAGAUCACAUAGUAUCUCUGAAAGUGAACCUGGUACAAUUAAAGAUGAGCGCUCACAUCUAUCUAAUGAAUUAAAACGCACAAAGUAUUCGGUUAAUGCGGAGAUUCGGCGUCCAGGUUCAUCACAUCUUGGCACUAAUAUAUCCAACCAUAUCGCUGAUGUAGGUCAUACCACAGGAAUUUCCCACAAUGACGGAAAAAACCAUGUUAGCCGUCCUGUGGCUCAUGAUUGUCGGUACGAUCCAUUGAGGAAAACAAAGCUAAAUCAUCUCCCACCCAGGACCUUCACAACAGAUGAUAUGGAAAUAUCUCCAAAUAGCUCCCCAUUGUCAGAUGGGAGCUCUACAAAAUUCCCGCCUAAUAGACAGUUCUCUCCCCAGAAGUCCAAUAUGAGCUUUUGUUCACCAGGUACCCUCAGCUUACAGCGUCCCAGGGACUGCAAAUCUAAAGCAGCAGUAGUCCCGUGCCGUGAAAUUGGCCAGAAUCCAGAAAAAUCUACAUUGCAUCAAUUAGUGGAUGCUAUCCGAGCUUCCAUAGGGGAUUUGCUCGAACAGCCACCCAAAUCCUUGUCCUGCGCCUCUGAAAAACCUAUCAAUGGUUCAGUUUAUGAAUCAUGCAAAGCGUCAGUUCCUUCAGAAAACAGUCAGAUGACCACUAACCAGCUUUCUCCAAAUAUUAUCUCAAAAAGAUAUAAGCAAUCCGAUGUCCAUCUCGAUGGCCGAAUAUGUUCGCCCACAGUCUUGAAUUCCAGGCAACUGACAAAAAUGGACAGUCCUGCUGCAUAUCCCAGUUCAGUCAAUGUUGAGUCUCAGAAUUGUAGUGUACAUAAAGGCUCCUCAUAUGAUCAUGGUCAGGGUUACACAACUGGUAGUAAGAUACUAUAUUCGAUGGGUGAUCCAAGACGCACAGUAAGCUCUAGUCACAGUCCAGCAUAUCCCAAUCCCGUCACUUCUCAGGGCGGAAACCAUCGUUUCCAUUUUAACGCAACUCAUCCUGUUUGCUGUAGUGUUUCGCAUCAGAAUAGUCCAGCUGUGAUUUACAGUCCACAUAAUCCAAAUAAUACCACCACAUCUGUUUCCAGUGCAUCACAUCAAACUUGUGUCUCUCUAUCUCAUUAUGAUUUGUCGUCACGUCAAGUUGACAAGAUCAUCGAAAUUUUGGCUGAACAAGCUCACUGUCAAAGUACAACUGAGGAACACAGUUUCAACAGAAAUGUGUCACUUAGCUCUAGCAGAUUACCAGAAAAUCUAAAAGGAUCCACGUCACCUGGACAUUCCACUCGAGCAUCCAUUUCACAAACCCUUCAAACCAACCAUUCAUUGAACAGAGAUCCCGUAAAUCCUAACACUCGAUCACAACAUACCCAGUUAAAUGAUCUUGUACAGGUUUUAAAAGCAGCUCUACAUCACCAUACUUCCAACCAUAUGUCUGGAGAUCCUGCAACAUCCGUACAGUCCAAUAAUCGUCUCAAUACUUGUCCAGAUUCAGAUCUUCCUGUCAAUAAAAAAGGUCUUGAGAACAAAGUUAACAUCUCUACGACAACUCAUGUUAGCCCUACCUUUCCAUUACAGAGCGGGGUGUUACGAACUAGCGCUUCCAAUCGAUUGAAUACCGAUUCAUUUCUGUCCAAUAAAGGCAAUCCCGGACUAGACACAUCAGCAUCCCCUGUUCCUGCUUGUAAUUUUUCAAAUGUUAGCAAAUCCGCUAAUACAACUGGACAUACACCAGACGUCGUAGUCAAAAAGGAGAUUGCAAAUUUACCAAGUCCUACUUCUGUUUCCCCAUCAGUUCGUUCAAGUCAUUCUACCGUUAUGGCAGUUGACGUCACAACUAAAAGAGGUUUCUCACCUGUUGCACUGUCGGAAAGUGGGUCUAGAUUAGAAAAGUUUACGGAUACUCUAAACAGCUUCGAGAUGAAGUCUUUUUUUGAUCCCAUAUUUAUUUCUAAAUAUCAAGAUGAUACUUUACAACGUCUUGAACAAGAAGCUCAAAUUGAGUCGAAAAAUUUCGAUCGACUACAGAGCGUUCUUUAUGGGGAGCUAUCAGCUGAAUCCAAAAAGUUGCGCGCGUUAGUUCGAAUAAGUGAAGCAAAACUCGCAAUUCAUAAAGAGAAACAAACAUCAUUGCAAGAGCUAAUGGACGCGAUUGAAGUGCGAAAACAUCUACCUAAUCUGUCUUUCGUAGAUGAUGUAUUGUAG